AUGGCGCCCAGCCCGACGGCCGUCUCUGGCUUGUUCCGCCAAGUGAUCCAGUAUCACCUCGACAACGCUUCAUACGACAAUGCGCUCUUCUUUGCCGAACGAUUCGUGGCCCAGGAUCCGCGCUCGAGCGAUGCAACUCAUCUCUAUGCUCUAUGCCACUUGCGGCUAGGAGACUAUCGCUCCGCCUACGAUGUCGGGAAGCCGAUGGGAUACCGUGGUACGAAUUUGGGAUGCGCCUGGGUAUUUGCGCAAGCAUGCCUGGCAUUGGAACGAUUUAAAGACGGCAUCACGGCGCUUGAAAAAGCCAAGUUCCUGUGGUCUCCCAAGGGGAGCUUGGGAAAGAGCGGCGCUCUGUUACGCGCAAGCGGCUCUCCCGACGCAGCUGCCGUGCUGUGUUUGCUUGGCAAGCUAUACCGCGGCUAUGACGACCAGAAGAAAGCAGCCGGUGCUUUCGAGGAGGCUCUCAAGCUGAACCCUUUUCAGUGGGAUGCGUUCACAGCACUCUGCGACAUGGGUGUCAAUGUUCGCGUUCCCAAUGUCUUUCGAUCCUCGGAGCUGCUUGCUCGUAGCUUCGACACCGAGUCGAGCGCAGCUACAAAAACACCAGCUUCCGUGGCCAACUCCAAUGCGCUCGAAAUGGCACCCAAGAAAUCGUCGUUACGGAGUCUCACAUCCGACAUCGGGUCCGAUCCAUUCAAUGUCGGCUUUUCUUUGUCUGAAUCGACGAGCCCCCUUGCCGAUGUCUUUUCAGAAUCUAUAGAGGGCGAUUUGAUGACGAAGAUCCAGAGCGCGCGACUGCGCCUCGGGACAUCAAACAGUAACAUGUCCGUCUUUGACAUAACAGAAACACCGCCUGGGCCUACUGCUGUAGAUGCAUCCAGCAGAAUCGUUGGCGGACACGAACCUCCCCAAGCACCAUCUCGACGGGCGCGCCAGGCUCAAGCCAUAGAUGCCAGCCUAGAAGCCCCGCCACGCAUGAACUAUCGAAUAGGUGCAAAAAGAAAUGCACGGUCGGAAGACCGAGACGUUCAAGCUGUAGAGCCCAUAUCGGACCCUCCAGUCAUAGCUGCUGGCACCACGCGAGCGGCAGCUCUGUCAACGGCGGAUAGAAAACGAACACUGUCCGGGCAUCCCGUUUCACGCACAGCUAACCUUGAUGACGGUGGUACGAGAAGAAGCGCACGACUUACUACGUUUAAGCCGUCGUCGAGGGCCAACUCUGGCGCGGCCACCAUCGGAGCUUCCGCCGGUCGUGAGCUCAAGAAGGCAAGGCCUCCCAUUUCCCGAAUUGUUCGACCUGGGUCCAGUGGCGCCAAUGUUGGGCGCGUAGUCAGCGGCAACCGAAAGCCGAUUGACGAUCACGCUGAUAUGGACCAUGGCGAGGCGUCACGCGUGCGCGAGCCCGCAGCCUCGUCACACGCUGUAACGCAGCCGCCUCAAGCGCCCAAACAAGUGGACGACGGAGUGAAAAUGGAAGAAGCUGUUCGAUGGAUAAUGGACGUGCUGAAGAAACUGGGCAACGGCUACUACUUCCUGUCGAGAUUCCAGUGUCAAGAAGCACUGCAAGCUCUAAGUUCUUUGCCACCCGCUCAUCAGGGAUCACCGUGGGUGCUUGUUCAAAUGGGCCGCGCGCACUACGAGCAAGCCUCGUAUGCGGAAGCUGAAAAGUUCUUCAGACGUAUGCGCGUACAAGCGCCUUCAAGACUCCAGGACAUGGAAGUGUACUCGACUAUCCUGUGGCAUCUCAAGAGAGAGACUGACUUGUCAUUCCUGGCACACGAACUUGUUGAUUCAGCGUGGCACUCUCCACAAGCUUGGUGCGCUCUGGGAAAUGCUUGGUCUUUGGCCAAGGAUCCCGAGCAAGCCUUGAAAUGCUUCAAGAGGGCGACACAACUGGACCCCAAGUUUGCCUACGCCUUUACACUACAAGGGCACGAACACGUUACCAACGAAGAAUACGAACAGGCAUUGACUGCGUAUCGGCAAGCCAUUUCUGCGGAUAAACGCCAUUACAACGCAUAUUACGGCAUUGGCCGGGUACAGGAGCGUCUCGGCGACUACGAAAAGGCGCUGACGCAUUUUCAAGCUGCGCAAUCCAUCAACCCGAACAAUGCGGUACUCGUGUCUUGGAUCGGAACUGUAUUGGAAAAGCAAAAACAGAUCUUGCCUGCGCUCAAGGCGUACACAAAGGCUGUGGAGCUCGCUCCUCGAGCAGCCUUGACGAGAUACAAGAAAGCGCAUGCGCUUUUGGCCAUUGGUCACAUUGAGGAGGCUGAGAAGGAAUUGGUGUUUCUCAAAGACCUGGCACCAAAUGAGGGGCAUGUCCACUUCCUGCUCGGGACAUUGUAUAGGAGCAUGAAUGAGCGGCAACUGGCAGUCCGCCACUUUACCAUUGCAUUGGCGUUGGAUCCCAAGGUAAAGUGCCGCGAAGAUGCAGUUUUAGAGCUUGUUGACUGA